CAAGACGAACCUCUGAACGCUAUACUUGGACUUUGGAAUUGAGUGUGUCUGGGUAUGACCAUCACUUGAGGGCUUCCUUAGUGAAGCAGCUUAUUAGGAUGUGAAAGUGAGGCCCUGUGUGACAAAUCUAUGAAAUGGAAAACUUUACAACCGACCCUCCCUUGGGACUCAAACUCACAUGUAACAUGACUGGGAACCACAACUUCAUUUUCACAUUAAUCCCAGUGGUCUACAGCUGCAACUUUAUUAUUGGAGUUGUAGGCAACAGCUUGGUGGUGGCUGUCAUCUACUUCUGUUUGAAGCUGAAGACCGUCGCCAACAUUUUUGUUUUGAACUUAGCUGUUUCAGACCUGACUUUCCUCCUCACCCUGCCCAUUUGGGCCAUAUACACUGCAACAGGCUACCAGUGGCCCUUUGGAAGCUUCCUAUGCAAAGCUAUUGCAAGUAUGGCCCUCCUUAAUCUAUAUACUAGCAUUUUCCUCCUAACUGCUCUCAGCAUUGACCGCUAUAUGGCCAUUGUUCACCCAGUCCAGUCCCGACAGUGCCGGACGAUGGUCUAUGCCCGUGUGACAUGUGUCGCAGUUUGGAUAGUGGCUUUGUUUCUGAGUCUGCCCACGGGUUAUAUCCGGAGAACCCACUUGAUCCAGCAUAUCAAUGUAACUGUAUGUGGCCUCCUGGACAAAGAAGAACAUCGCAAUCUGCUGGUUGCUCUCAGUCUGAUGAAGAGUGCGCUUGGGUUCCUUCUGCCUUUCACCAUCAUCCUCACAUGCUACUGUCUGAUUGGUCGAGCUCUGCUCAAAGCACAGGACAUUCAGAGGAAUUCAAAGUCAAACGGGGACGAGGUGUUGAACAUGCUGGCUGCAGCUGUCCUGGCGUUUUUCCUGUGCUGGACACCUCAUCAGAUCUUCAGCUUCAUUGACACGCUUUUUCUGCUUAAAGUGAUCACCAACUGUAAUGUAAUUGAGAUCAUUGACACUGGAAUGCCUUUCACCAUUUGUAUCGCCUAUUUCAACAGCUGUAUGAACCCAAUCCUGUAUGGUUUUGUUGGGAAGAACUUCCGCAAGAAUUUGCUGCAGCUGCUGAGAUGCUCUUCAACGUCUGUUGCCACUCAUCCCACCCUGAGUACCAAGAUGAGCUCUCUCUCUUAUCAAGCCUCAGAGUCAUUCCACCUUUCAGUCAUUAAAACAUCCUCAAUAUCUCAAGCCACAUGA